CCGGCACUGUCAAAAACAAAAUCAAAUUCAAAGCAGAAGGAUCCAUGAAUAUCUCGAACCAAAGAAAAACUUAAAGACUAGACGAGAUACAAAUGAAUAAAAGAAAUCCCGUAGUACAACGGUGGAGCCAUCAGUUUCAAGUUGUCGUGUAUUAUACCAGCAUUGCUAUGCUACACCAAAACCAAAAUCUUUCAGAGGCGGAAAAAAAAACAUAGUCUGAAGGAUGUGGACUAGCACUUUCUUUUAGACAAUGAGACUACGAGACAAUAAAUGAAAAGCGGCAUAUCAGCACUGAAGAUUUUGUUCCACCUGUUUUACAAAGAUAGUUCUUCCGCAUCCGGUACCUUUACCUAGAAGAAGUAGACAAAUACGUACGACUGCAAGUUAAAGUUUGUCGAACAGACAGGUCGUUUUGCCCGAUAGCGAUACAUAUCGCGAUCCAAGAUCGGAAGGCAGAAGAGGCAAUACACUUCAUUCCGCUAAUAUAAUCGGAACUGUCCUCUUUAACCAAAGGCCUCUAUUCGGAAACUUGUAUGUCGGUGCUGUCACUGUUUACAGAUAGUACAUGAGUAGCUUGUUUUGGUCAAGACUGACGCCCUACGCAUUAAAUUGGUUUCAUCUACUUCCUCAUCCGCGUAUUUCCGUCCUGCCAGAAGUGUUUUGAUAAACACAAGAACUAUUCACAUUCACAUUCACACUAAGAUACCACCACUUUUUUUUCAGUUUUAUCCGUGCCCACUUCUGAUAUACUUUGUUUGCCACAUCUGAAGUAAAAACUUUACGGAAUUGUUCUGGAUUUCCCAAGGCGACACAGGUUUUGUCGCGCAUGUUGUAUGACUCAUCAAAUAAUUGAUUCUACUUGUAGUAGCUCGUGCUUUUUCAUCGUCGCUUUUUUUCUAUUUUCAAGUUGUGGCAGAAAAGAGUAGCGUUCAUUCUUUCUGUUGCGCCUAGAGGAUAACACAUAUGCGGCAGAAUAUGAUCCUCUGAUCACACGGAAAAGUUAAAUAGAGCCGCCGCGAAGUAGAAGAUUCUUGAUGGCAGAAGAACAUGCGGUUGUUGGCAAAUCAUCUGCGAGAAAUUAGAAUAAACCAUUUCAUCAUAUUUUUUUCCUAACCAAGAACCCUGUACUAAGUACAAGAACGACCUGUUGUGUACAAAAUCAAGAAAGCGAAAGCGAUUGUUUCACCGAUAAUUAUCAAGAAAGCGAAAAGGAAAACUUGUUUCAUCACCAAUACUACACACAAAAAACUUGUAGCCAUGGUGCGUGGUCCUUAUGCUAAGCCCGUUCUGAGACAAUCACAAUUUUCCAAUUCUGAACACGAGCAUUCGAGCAACAAUUCUCGCAGAACACAACAACAACUCCUCGGAGGUGUACUACAGCCUACUAACCUAAAGGCAGCUGCUGCUUCAACAUUGUCCACUAGCAGUGUAGCGACCAUGUCGGCCCGUCGCGGAGCUACUACUUCUACCCCACCAGGCACAGCAGGUGCCCCAAGAACGACCUCCACGAGGACUACUACGUCGAAGAACCACCGCCCCGCAGCUGCAGGAGCCUCUCAGUCGACCUCCGGACAACAUCAUGUUGGUCAACAUCUGGCACAGUUCCCCUCGGAGCAGGCGUUACGCAUCAGCCGCGAAAACGUCGCCGCGCUGGACAAAAGAAUGCAGCAGCAGGAGGUGGAGCUUGGCGCUGGCGCGCAGGAUUUGGAUUCUGAGGCUGCAGGAGCAGCUGUUAUUAACAACAAGACUGGCACCAUUGGCACAACAACUUCUUCUUCUACCCCCCUAUCAUCAACUUCCGUCUCCGUUCCGCAGCCGACGUUCUUUUCACUGACCGUGGCGGAACGAGUGUUGCUGACGGAUUACUAUAGCAGUAAGCUGUGUCACUGUUUUGUUUUUGAUGAGAAGAAGAUGCACGCCCUGGCGAAGCGGAAGCGGUUUUCCUGCACCAGCAUAUCAAGUGCAAAAAUGUCUGGGUCUGGAAAAGUGUAAACUUGUCAUGCAGAUUUUCCAUGACCCAUGAGGUCUGGAAUGCGGCUCGUAGCAUGACAGACUCUGCGACGAGGUCUCUGCCAUGCCUAUCCUGCAUGAGAAACUCCACCCUAACUUGGUCAAAAGUGGACAGCUUUUGGGAAUCACGCAACACAGAUUCUUACAUGAUUCAGAUUUACCAUGACAAGUUGCACCUUCCAGACCCAGACAUUUUUGCAUUUGAUACAGCAAGGACGAAGACGACCGUAUCGCGUCGGAGGAGGCGAAAAUCCAGGCUCUGCUCCACCGCUGCCGCAAGCUGCGCGAAAGCAUGUCGGCCGCCGCUCUGUACUCCGCGGUGGUGCUGUUUCGCGCGUACGCGGCGCGCGUCUGCAUCCCCGCGGACGAUGAGGAACAGUGGGUGGUUGCACUGUUGACCGCGAUCCUUGUCGCCAUGAAGGCGGAAGAAUGCGUGAUCAAGCCCGAGUUCAUCAAGGGCCUCGGCCUGCAACUUUUCGAAAAUUAUAACUAUGAUAAUACGUCAAACGAGGACGAAGAAACCGAAACAUUUUUCAAAAAUCGUGGUGGAGCGGCUCCUGCUAGUCGCACUAGAACAAGCGCAACUGCGGGUGGACCUCCGACUACUAGUACGGCAACAACCACAGAAGCAGAACAGACGUCGCCCUCUUCUAUGGCGUUUGUUUACUCUGGAGGACUACUUUCUGAUCUCCUACAGCGUCUGUCUGACAAUGGUGACAAGGGUGAACAACAAGGACUUCCACCUGGCCCUGCAGGUGGUGCGGCUAGUAAGAACCACGACGGAAUGAAAAUUUUAAACCACCAGACGAGCGAAAAUGCUACUUCUAUUGCUAUUGCCCGGGUCACGGAGUUUUGUUGGCAGAAAGCAGUCGAGAACGAAUUGAACUUCCUGACCGCCCUGAAUUUCCAAAUUACUGUGGAAAAACCCUUCGCGGUCGUUGCGUUACUCCAGGAAAUGGCGGAGCGGGAGUGGAUAUGCAUUGCAAAAGCAUCGUACUAGUAGAAAUUGCAUUGCAAAUUACCUCAGCAUGACAAAUGGAAUUUGUCAUGCUGUUUUACCUUGGGAUGUAGAUUUGUAAUGCAUAACUGCAAUUACUACGAAGACGAACGAGUACGAUAUUUUUGCACAGGAUAGUAGAUCCAGGACAUCAUCAUGAACGAUCCCCCGAAAAAGGCGAUCGAGCAGAAGAUAAAAUCUCUCCGGUUCAAACUGACCGCGAAGCAGAUCAUCUCCGCUGCCAUCCUGGAUGAGGCACUGUAUUGCCCCGUCAAGCUGAUUAUGAAUGAAGCAAAAGUACAACGAUCACGCUACGAGUGUUGUAGAUAAGUAGCAUCUUCACAAAUUUUUUCUGAAGUAGGAAAAAUUGAAUUUGUAAUGCUGAUACCUAAGACUAGCCAGAUUUGAUGUCAUGCCUAACUGCAAAACUUACUACCACGAGAACAAGUGUGAUACUUUUGCAAAAUUGCAUACUGAUCGCCCUGGGACUGUUCAUCUCCACCGGUCAUCGCAUCCCGGCCGAAGCCAAAGUUGCGCUGCAAGGGAAGCCGCAGGACGUCGCCAUGGUGAAGCGGAUCGUGAGCAAAAUUCAGGCAUUCGCCGCGAUGAGUGCCCCCGGCGGAGUUGUGACAUCGAACGGCAGCAGCUCAACUGCGGGCGUGGCGGUUCUGAAGGAAUUUCCCUACGCGGGGUUCUAUCCGAGGAUCGCGGGCAAAAAGUUGUCCGUCGAAGAAAAACAGUUGGAUCACGUGAUGAAAAAGACCCGAGGCAAAAGAUUUUUACCAGGAAGUAGAAAUAAGAGCACAGCUGCGGGCUGGAAGUCGGUGAAAAGGGGAGCUGCAACUGGUGCGAGUCGGGCAGCUGGUGAUGCCAGUUCAGCGACGUGUCCGACCUCGACGGACCACUGCUUAUCAGGUUGAUUUUUGGUUCGACCGAGGAUCGUCCGGAUCGAGCAGCAGCCAUGGAAGAUAGUUCUGUCAGAUCAUUGAAGAUAUUAAUUGGAAAUAAACUUAUUCUUGGAAACAUAGAUCAGUAUGAAAAAUUCGUGUUCUUGGAUUUAAAACUUUGGAUACUUCAGUAAAAGUUUAUUUCGAAUAGAAAAUAUUAUUGGAACAUGAUGUUAGUUCCACUUGGAGCACCAUUGGCAUGCGGAGGUACAACAAAGCCUGGUAAUGUUUGAUAUCGUUAACGAAAACAUAGAACGUAAAUAAGGUGACCGCUAAAAUGGAAAUCCGAAAAAACAAAAACGUGGAAACGUAGAUAUUUUGAACGGUCCUCAUCGCCCUUUGGAGGUGCGGGUUUCCACGAGGAACGAUGGACAACCAGGGAACGAUGCACAACCGCCAAGCCCCGGCCCCCCUUGGCGGCUGCUUGUUCUUUCUUGCAAACCCUCGGAAGCCUGUUCCCGCUAUUCCCCAAGCUCCGCCCGGCGCUUGCCGCGGCCGGGCCGCGCAAAAUGCUGGCGCGCCGCAACCGCCCCGGUGCGCCUUCCUGCUCUCCGGAGGCGCCAUCGGCUGCCGGGCAAAGAGAAGAGGUCGCCGGCGGGCGGGCCAAAAGGAGGCGCGAAUAGCCCGGCCCCGCCCGCGCAGGCGCGAAGGCUGGGGCUUUGGGCCCGGGAAGGGCGUCGCGAGGCAGCGGGGGCAGCUCUAAAGGCAAAAGGAGCCCGCGCCCGCGCCCCUCGAAUGGGGCGCAGUCCCGGGGGCGACAAAAAACGCAGCGGGGCGAAACCACACGCCCAGGCCGCGACGCGGCCUCGCCGCUGAUGGCCGUUCCCCAUUCUUGGGUCGCUUCAAAAAAGUAGGCGCGCCAGAAGGCGCCCCGGCCUUUCCUUGAGAUAGGCUGUCUGGCGGUUUCGCCAAUGGGCCUCGAGGCAAUGCACGGGGUCCGUGCUGCCGCGGUAAAAAUGGCUUUGCGGGGGUGCGGAGGGGUUCCGGAUGGUGUCCCUUGCGGUGUGGCGCGUCGCUCGGGAAAAUCAUCCAGGCGAUUAGCCCGCAGCGCCAUCUCCUUGCCGCCCUCAUGGGGGUGAGUGUGCGUCGUGCUCCGUGCCGUGCAGCUGACAGCCAUAAAGGAGAGGCCAUGCGCAGGGGGCCCCAUAUCAACUCACGAUUGGCCGCGACUUGGCAAAAAUGAAUUUUGCAUCCGAAAAAUGUCGGAAAUGUCGCCUGCAAUACCCAUCGGGCGAUUCCUCUCCAACUUUAGUGCGGGUUUCCACAAGGAACGAUGGACAACCAGGAGCACAUCAAAGUAGGGAAAGCUAUUAGACUACAGAUCUACGACGUCACCUCUACUAGCACCACGGUGUAGUGAAUAUUAGAAUACGACUAAUUUUAUCUGCUGUCCUGUACAAUAUCAAUGUACAAUAUACGUGCGGAGGUCUAUAGGUAGAAGAUGAAGACUGAGACUCUUGAACAACAGCGCAUCUAGAUGAACUAGUGAGGAAGGUUUCUCCACCGGACCGGGGGCGAAAAAGUAGAUUGCAAGUGCGCCUCCGCCGCACACCGAGCGAACCUGCCCCCGAAGCCGAAGAUCGCUGUCGUCGUGUAAGAGUAGUUUAGAACUACAUCAGAUACUAGACAUCAUGAGAACGGUCGUGUGAUAGUACCCACCAUACCUGUCGGAAGAAACAAAAGAAUCUCCUUGAUUAUGCUAUCACGUCGCAGCACAUGAAGUCGUCGCUUCGUUGCAAGACCCUGCAAUUUGCAAUUUGUUGACAGGAUGAGCUCCUUGCUACAAAGGAGAAUAAAUGGCGACGUACUUAGUGUUAGCGCGCUGUGCUUGCUUGGGGGCGUUGAGCAUCUUGAAAAGACCCCCGGUGGUCGCAAUUUCAGGAGCAAACUACUAUACAAUAUAGACCAUUAAUAGGGAAAAAAACUUCAGCACCCAAGAGCAGCUGCAGCUACCGAGCAGAAAAGCGAGAAAUUAUAAUCGGACGUAAAGUACAGCACACAGCUCCUUUUUGCGGCAUUGAAAUGACCCGAAUACGAAUAGAUUCAUCGCUAAUUUUACAACUGAACUUUCUUUCUUGUCUCCGCUUGAAGUAGAUGUCGUAGGUAGUUCUUGCACUGUUCACCAUCAAAUGAAAAAAAAAUAAUGUACCAGUUUGAAGAAUAACUACUUUCGGUCGCCGUAGUGAAAAAUCAAGAACCUGAGCCUCCUGAGGAUUGCUGAGUUCUGUACCUCCAUAAGAGCACAAACAGAGGACGUCGACCUAAAAUUAUUAUCCAAGGAGUGUCGCUACGUUAUUUCUUCCGAUGAUACAUAGGAGAAGGCGCAGCUUUUCGCUCCCAGGAUAAUUUCAUGGCACCGGCACGUAUCAUGAUGAAGCAUCGUUGUAGGAUGAUAAAGACAAACGUGUAAAAAUUUUACAUUCUUGGAGAGGCACACAGCAAGUCAGUACGUGCUCGCGCCGCCAUCUUCUGGAUGUUGAACCAUUUGUUUUAUUAGCAAGUGUUUACACGACAAAUUUGAGAGCAAGGGUGCUUGUUGGCGAGAAGAUGAAACAAGAAACCAAAAUUGAUAGCGCGAUUGUUGUAUCACCUACUUACGUUGCUUCUCUGUUUGUGCCGAUGAGAAACAGAAGUACUUGCCGAUGCAAGGAAAAACUAUAAGUAAUGAAUGUUUCACGUGAACAAAAAGCCCAAGAAAAAA